AUGCAUAUACCACAUAAUAUUAAAUGCAAAUAUUUAAAUUACCUGUCACACAAUUUUAAACAUAAUAUUAGACUAAAUCUCCUAUAUCGUCUCAUAACAGGUAUAACAGCUAUUCACAUUACUACUAAUCAUGUAAUAGGCCUUACAUUGACUAGUGGUCCAAGUAUGGAACCACUAAUUGACCAAAAUGGAACCCUUUUAAUAUACACUAUGACUACAUUUAACAAAUUAUUAAGUGGGUUUUCUCCCUGUUACAAAAGGGGCGACGUUAUCAUCGCAAAAAGUACACAGGAUUGCCAAAAAAGGAUAUGCAAACGAAUUAUGGGAUUAGAAGGGGAUGUCAUUGGGGGUAAAAUUAUACCUAUUAAUUGCAUCUGGGUGGAAGGUGAUGCUAGAAGUAAUUCAUUUGAUAGCAGGCAUUACGGGCCAAUACCCCUUAGCAAUGUUUUAGGUCGCGUCAAAGUGAUCAUAUCUACCAAUUCAUUGAAGAUCCUCUGA